AUGGACCAUGCCGUGUCUUCAGCCUAUGCGAGCUCCUCUAUAAAUCCUCUUCCCACAGAUAUUCACAAUGGGAUGAUUGCCAUGGGACUAGUAGGGGUGCUAUCGACUGCGUCAACCGGCUCUCUUCUACUGUUCAUCACUUACCGCAUGGUGUAUUGGCGUCGGUUUUACGAUCUCCCCCUUGCUACAAACCAAAUCUUCAUCUUGAUUUUCAACCUCCUCCUUGCGGAUUUCCAGCAAGCGCUCAGCUUCCUAAUCGCCUUCUAUUGGCUUGCUCAAGAUCAGCUGGUCGGACCCUCGAAAAUAUGUUUUGCCCAAGGAUGGCUGAUCCAAAUUGGAGACCUGAGUUCUGGAAUUUGGGUUCUUUCGAUUGCGGUCCAUACAUUUGUUGGUCUUGUUCUCCAAAAGACAAUUCCAUUCCCGGCAUUUGUUGGGGGCAUCUUGACAGUUUGGCUGUUUUGCUUGGUUUUGACAGCUGUUGGACCGAUUAUGCAUGGUACCAAGUUCUUCGUACCAGCUGGAGUCUGGUGCUGGAUUGGGGAAGACCACGGGACACAUCGUCUCACCCUGCACUACCUCUGGAUAUUUAUAUCUCAACUCGGCUCCAUUGUUAUCUACCUCACGAUCUAUCUCUACCUCCGCUUCCGAGUGGCGAGUUCAAUCCAGCCUCAAGGAAUGCUAAGUGAUGGCUCCGCCAACACGUCAAGCCCUUCCUAUAAUAACUACACCAAACGCAUGGUGGGCAUAACCACCACCACUAUCGUCAGCAACCCCGCUCGUAACCCUUUCGUUGUCUCACGACAGAAAAUUUUACGAACGGCUAGAUACAUGGUCGUCUAUCCAUUCGCAUACGUCACCCUAACUCUCCCCCUUGCGGUCGGGCGAGUCUCAGCAAUGGCGAACAAAAACCCGCCAAUGAUUUUCUAUUGUGUUGCAGGCACCAUGAUGGCCUCGUGUGGCUUUAUCGACGUCGGUUUAUACAUGUAUACACGAAACGCGCUGGUGCGCAGUAGCAUCGGCUUAAAGGAAUCCAACGGAGCGUUCGGCGAUAAUAAUCCGUCAACAUACCCGAAUGGGAAUCCAGGAAUCGGAGAUUUGGAGGGAGAGUCGAGCGAUAAUAUCCGGAUGGAUGGGCUAAGGGAGGGUCGGGAUACGGAUUCUUUGUCAAUAGAACAUAAGGAGGCGUUAGGGAGGAGCGCCAUUAUCGUAUCACGAUCGGUGACGAGGACCGAGGACCAGUUUCCGCAGAAUGCCAAAUACCACAGGUCGGAUUCUCUGAGGAGCUUGGUGGAAAGGAAAGAGGAGGGGAGCGGCAGUGAUAAAUCAUGGUUAACGGCAACUUAA